AUGUAUUCAACGAACCGUGGGACUGUUGGGGGCUUUUUCCUGGCUGGGCGCAACAUGGUCUGGUGGCCGAUCGGGGCCUCCCUCUUUGCCAGCAACAUCGGCAGCAGCCAUUUUGUGGGGCUGGCCGGGACUGGGGCAGCCGCUGGGAUCGCCAUUGGGGGGAUCGAGUGGAAUGCGCUGGUGAUGGUGGUGUUCCUGGGCUGGCUCUUUGUCCCCAUUUACAUCAAGGCUGGGGUAGUGACAAUGCCGGAGUACCUCAAGAAGCGCUUCGGAGGGAAGCGGAUCCAGAUCUACCUCUCCGUCCUUUCACUCCUACUCUACAUUUUGACCAAGAUCUCGUCAGACAUCUUUUCGGGGGCCAUCUUCAUCAAGCUGGCCAUGGGGCUGGACAUCUAUGUGGCCAUCAUCAUGCUGCUGGCCAUUACGGCCCUCUACACCAUUACGGGUGGCUUAGCUGCGGUCAUCUAUACGGAUACCUUGCAGACCAUCAUCAUGUUGGUGGGGUCCGUCAUCCUUGCUAUAUUCGCCUUCAACGAAGUGGGGGGCUAUGAGCAGUUCAGGGAGAAGUACAUGAAGGCUAUUCCAAACCUCACUAAUGCCACUGCCAACAUCUCCGAGAAGUGCUACAUGCCUCGUCCGGACGCCUUCAACAUCUUCCGGGACCCUAUUAAUGGAGAUCUGCCUUGGCCGGGAAUGAUCUUUGGCCUCACCAUCCUCUCCCUUUGGUACUGGUGCACAGACCAGGUGAUUGUGCAGCGGUGCCUGUCUGCCAAAAACAUGUCUCACGUCAAAGGGGGCUGCAUCCUGUGUGGAUACCUGAAGCUGCUGCCCAUGUUCCUGAUGGUGAUGCCGGGGAUGAUCAGCCGCAUCCUCUACACAGAUGAAGUGGCCUGCAUCGACCCCAAGAAGUGCUGGGAAGUCUGUGAGGCAGAGGUGGGCUGCUCCAACGUCGCUUACCCCUUGAUGGUGGUCAGGCUCAUGCCCAAUGGUUUGCGAGGUCUGAUGCUGUCGGUGAUGCUGGCCUCCCUGAUGUCCUCCUUGACCUCCAUCUUCAACAGUGCCAGCACUCUCUUCACGAUGGACAUCUAUACCAAGAUUCGGACCAAGGCCAAAGAGAAGGAGCUCAUGAUUGUUGGAAGGGUCUUCAUCGUGUUCCUUAUCAUCCUGAGCAUCCUCUGGGUCCCAGUCAUCCAGAAGGCCCAAAAUGGGCAGCUCCUCGAUUACAUCCAAUCCAUCACCAGCUACUUGGGGCCUCCGAUCACAGCUGUCUUCUUACUGGCCAUCUUGUGCAAGAGAGUCAAUGAGAUGGGGGCCUUUUGCGGUCUGAUACUGGGCCUCCUGAUAGGUCUUUCCCGGAUGAUCACGGAGUUCAUCUAUGGGACAGGGAGCUGUGCCCAUCCCAGCCACUGUCCGGACAUCAUCUGCAAGGUCCACUACCACUAUUUUGCCAUUAUUCUCUUCACCAUCUCCAUUGCCACCAUUCUGACCGCCUCCUUCCUCACUAAGCCCAUCGACGACAUCCAUCUGUAUCGCCUCUGCUGGUCCCUCCGCAACCGGACAGAAGAACGGAUCGAUCUGGACGCCGAGGAGGAAGAGGCCAAGAAGGAGGAGACUGUCUACCAGGACCAAACCCUGACCGAGGUGGAGACUUCCUGUGGCCGGAAAGCACUGAACUGGUUCUGUGGCCUGGAGGACCAAAGUGGCCCCAAACUGAGCCAACUGGAGGAGGAGGCCCUGAGGCAGAAGCUGACUGACACAAGCGAGGAUCUGUUCUGGAAGCGAGUGGUCAACAUCAAUGGCAUUCUGCUCCUGACAGUGGCCGUCUUUUGCUACGGCUUCUUUGCCUAG